AGGUUCGUGCGAAGAUCCGCGAGAGAACGAAGCAAGCAAUGAGUAACCCCGAGGUGCGCGAGCGGCUUCGCGACCACGGGCACACUCAAAGCGCGGAGACGCGGUCGCUGAUUCGCGAGCGCAUGCGCGCGGCGUGGCAGCGCAAAAAGCAGGAGCGCCUGGCGGCGCUGGCGCUGCUGGCUGAGUGGCAGGGGGAGCUGGCGGCGGCCGCGCGGGUGGGGCUGGCGGGCGACCGCGAGCUGGUGCGGUGCGGCAACGGGCGCGUCGUGUACGCGGACGAGGCCUAUCGCAGCAACGUGGCGCGCGGCAUGAAGAGCGUGCAGCGCGCCCAGCCUUCCGCCCACCCCACUUCGCCCGCCCCCGCGCCUGCUGCCGCGCCCAGGCCGGCGAGAGCGCGCAGGGCAGUGCGGGAGGGGGAGAGGGAGCGCAGAGAGACAACCAAGGACACGGUAGCGGGAGCAGCAGCAGCGGGGGUACAAGAGGCGGAAGGGGGAGGCGAGGGCGGGGAGGGGGCAGCGGCGCGGGGCGCGGAGGAGGCGGUGGUGGUGCAGCAGGCGGACGAGGCGUUCGUGCAGGCCGUGAUGGCCGCGGAGAGCGCACAGGCGGAGGGCGCGCAGGGCGCACAGGGCGCGGUGCAGCAGGGCGCAGAGCUGGCGCAGGGGAAUGGGGGGGGUAUGCGGUUCAAGCGCGUACUGAUCGUGCGGCAGGCAGGCGGUAGUGCGGGGCAGGAGGAGGUGCUGGGUGUGGGCGGCGAGGAGAGAGUCGAGGAGAGCACAGGGUUGGCUGUGCGUGUGGGCUUGCUAGGGGAAGGUGGCUUGCAAGGGGGAGAGGAAGCCAUGGGUGUCGAGGAAAGGGAUGAGGAAGACGAAGGGAAGGGAGAGAGGGAAGGAGGGUGGGAGGAAGAGGAAGUGGAGAGUGAUGUGGAGGACAUGAAGACUCUCGUGGAGGCCCGUGGGAACCGCACGCAGGCCAAGGAGGGCAGUGAGGGUGAUGGCGGUGCAGGGCAGGGCAGUGUGAGUGGUGGGAUGCAUGGGGGAGACGAGGCAGGCAAUGGCGCGGUGGUGAGGCAUCCUCAUGCGCCGCCCUCUGCUGCACCCGUGCCCGCGCUGCUCCCCCUCUCACCCACCACCCACCAAAGGCGUCUGGCUCGCCAGCUCAUAGCGAGGCGGCGCCGACAGCUGGCGGAGAGAGCAAGGGUGCUGAUGCAGGAGGCAGCGAGUGCAGCACAGUCGCUGGAGGCGCUGGCAGCGCGGGACGCCACGGCCAUGGCAUCGCUGCUGGAGACGCGGCGCCUGCUGGAGCAGGCGGGGCGCACCGUGGCUCGCGCUGAGAGGACGCCCGCGCUGCCACUCGCGCCCAAGGCCGCGCAAGGGGGGGGACCCGCGCAGAGAGUGCCUGGGGGGGACUGGCGCAGUGGGUUAAGUGGCAGUGGCGGUGGCAGUGCUGCUUGGACGCAUGCUGGCGCCACGCCGGAGUGUGGUGGUGUCGGGGGGCAGGCACGGGGCCAAGUACGAGGGGUAGAGUCAGGGGCAGGGCGGGCAGGGCCAGAGAACGGCGCAGUGAGCAGUGCAGAUGGUGUGAGAGCGAGUGAGAGGGUGGUGGGGAGUAUGGGAGGGGUGCCUGGGAGUGAGUGGCAAGGGGGGCGAUCGGGCGGCAGCAGUGCAGCACAGGGCAAGUGGGUUGAAGGCGGAGGGGAAGGCGAGGGCAGGGGUGCAAGUGGCAGUGUGGAGUGGGUGGUGGUGAACGGCGCGCGGAUAAGUGUAGGUGCAGCACAGGGGCGAGAGGCGGAGGGGCGGCAGGACUUGCAGGGCGUUGAGUCAGGCGGUGGAGAGGGGAAGGCUGUGGACGAGACGCUUCCAGGUGGGGCAGGGCAGAUGAAUGGCAGGGCGGGACACGGGGGCAGUGAAGGUGACCAGGAGGGGGGAGCAGGGAAGAGAUGA